CAGAAUGCAUCUUGACAAUAGUCUUUGAAAAAGCGGCGCGGCUAAUUCAAGAUGGCGGAGAUGGACCAGCUGUUGGAUGAGAGCUCUUCAGCAGAGGCGCUCGUCAGUCUGAAAGAGGGCAGUCUGUCAAAUACUUUGAAUGAGAAGCAAACAAAAGCUCACAACACGAGAGGAAGACACCCCCUGGCGUCCAUGGAAACGCCGACACGGAGCUCCAAGAGGAGCAGACUGUUCAGAGAUGAGGAUGAGCAGCGCCUCCCAUCCAGGUCUCCUAGAAGGAGCCAGAGGGUCACGUCUGUACCACAGAAGUUUGCUAACGUGACUACCCCAGAUAAGAAAGUGUCUCAGAGAAUUGGUUUGAGAUUGAGAAACCUUCUCAAACUGCCUAAAGCGCACAAAUGGUGCAUCUACGAGUGGUUUUACUCCAACAUAGACCGACCAUUAUUUGAAGGCGACAAUGACUUCUGCCUGUGUCUGAAAGACUCCUUUCCCAACCUGAAGACCAGGAAGUUGACACGUGUGGAAUGGGGUACAAUUAGGAGGCUGAUGGGGAAACCGAGAAGGUGUUCAUCUGCCUUCUUUUCGGAGGAGCGGACCGCUCUGAGACAGAAGAGGCAGAAAAUGCGUAUGCUGCAGCAGCGAAAGUUUUUUGACGUGUCACAUUGCAAAGACCUGCCAGAGGAGAUCCCCUUGCCACUUGUCAUAGGAACUAAAGUCACUGCUCGUCUCCGGGGGGUCCACGAUGGCCUGUUCACAGGGCAGAUUGAUGCCGUGGAUACAGGCGCUGCCACCUACCGUGUGACCUUUGAUCGGAAUGGGCUGGGUUCUCACACUGUGCCUGACUACGAAGUGCUGAGUAACGAGCCAAAUGAGACCAUGCCCAUCUCGGCCUUUGCCCAAAAACUGAGACCCUCCCGCUUUCAGAACUUCAUGACCCCGCCUAGGGGGAAUUACCCACCUGGUAACACGCCCGUCCUCAUGGACAAUGAUCCCCUUAUCAGCCAGUCUCCAUGGAAAAGCAAGCUUCCUGGAGCAGAAGGGGACACACUUGGUGGAUUCCCUGUGAAGUUCUUGGUCCAAGUGACAAGGCUCUCAAAGAUCCUUAUGAUCAAGAAGGAACAUAUCAAGCACUUGAAGGAUAUGAACGCAGAGGCUGAAAAACUGAAGUCAUAUUCGAUGCCGAUAGGCCUGGAGUUCCAGAAGCGUUACGCCACCACAGUACUGGAGCUGGAGCAGCUCAACAAGGACCUAAACAAGGUGCUUCAUGAGGUCCAGCAGUUCUGCUGUGAGCUGGCCCCCGAUCAGGGCAUGGCACCCACGGACCGGCCCACAGAGCUCCGUCAGCGCUGUGAGGAAGAGGCUAAGGAGAUGGUCCUGCAAACCAACACUCUUCGUGACGACCAGCAGUGCGUCUCCAACCCCAGCCUCACACACCUCAUCUCAGGCCUUACCGCCUUACUGCUGCAGAUCAAGUGUCUGGCUGAAGGAGGAGACCUCAACUCCUUCGAAUUUAAAUCAUUGACAGACUCUUUGAAUGAUAUAAAGAGCUCAAUAGACCCCUCCAACCUCAGUUGCUUCCAGAACAACGUAGAGAUCCAUGUUGCGCACAUCCAGAGUGGCCUGAGUCAACUGGGAAACCUCCAUGCCUUUUCAGCUAACAACACUAACACGGUCUGAGCCUUGCAUCCUUAAGCCACAUACAGACUGGCCUGGUUAGCACCAACUAAGUGGAACAUAUACACACCAUCUAGAAUGACUGCAAGAAAAAGUCUGUCCUUUGGAUACCCUGACUUCUGAACCAAAAGCCCUUGCUGAAAUGACUCCAUUCAACAUGUAAGCUGUUUGAGUUUGUGGGAAAAUAUCCUUACUUUUACAACUCUGUCAUCUUAUCUUUGUGGAUGUCUUGGAAGAUGUUCACUAUAAUGAACACAAACUACUGUCAAAAGAGUUCACAUGUACAUUUCCUGUAGUUUUAAUCUAUGGUCUCACGUGCCAAACAAUUCUUCAAAGUUUCUAUAAUCCAUAUUUAUUUAUUUUUAAGGGGGAGCUAGUGAUAAAACCAAUAUUUACCAUUUAAGCUUUUCUGUGACUUGAUGUUGUGUGUUCCUUUAAUCUAUUUGUAGUAAGCACAGGGGAGGCUAAAGAAUGUUUUUAUAAAAUUGUUUAUUGUAGAUAUUUGUACAAUACCUUUAUGAUUACUAGGAUUUAUUGUAACCAUUUCUGUUACCUACUCAGAAAUGGCUUUUGUAAUUUUGUGUGCACUGAAGAGAUUUUGGUAUUUUUGUAAAAUUAGAUUUCUGUUUUUUGCAAUUUAUUUCAAAUGGAUUGACAGUCUCAAAGGGGGUUGUUGUUGCUGAAUGCCCUCACCUGGGAUAAAAAUAAAUUGGAGGAAUCAUAUUGCCAGACAGAUAAAGGUAAUUACUUCCUUACGUUAUUCUUGUUUGACUAAAUGUUUGGAACCCCAUUUUAUUUUAGUUGGACAAAUACUCCCCAGGCCUACAUUAUUGAUGUAACCUAAUUUAAACCACAUUAAAGAUGUUUGUUCUUA